CAAAUUCGUCGUCGCGGGAAUAGCAAGAUUCUCCUACCACCGGAUACUGAGGAGUGCCCUGGAAUUAAUAGAAGCAGCACCAACAGCGACAACAGCAGCAUCAGAGACAGCAGCAGCAGCAGCACCAACAGCGACAACAGGAGUAGAGGAGGUGGAGGAGUGGGGCGCGGAGGUUCACAGGAAGUAGCAAGUGGUGGCGCUACAACACCAGUCCCCUACAGCUACAACACCAGUCCCCUACAGCUACAACACCAGUCCCCCACACAGCGACAACACCAGUCCCCACAGCUACAACACCAGUCCCCCACAGCUACAACACCAGUCCCCACAGCUACAACACCAGUCCCCCUACUGCUGCAACGCUGUCCCCCACAGCUACAACACCAGUCCCCUACAGCCACAACACCAGUCCCCUACAUCUACAACACCAGUCCCCCUACUGCUGUAACACCAGUCCCCCCACACACAACACCAGUCCCCCACAGCUACAACACCAGUCCCCUACAGCUACAACACCAGUCCCCUACAGCUACAACACCAGUCCCCUACAGCUACAACACCAGUCCCUACAGCUACAACACCAGUCCCCUACAGCUACAACACCAGUCCCCUAUGGCUACAACACCAGUCCCCCACAGCGACAAUAUCAGUCCCCCACAGCUACAACACCAGUCCCCACAGCUACAACACCAGUCCCCCACAGCUACAACACCCAGUCCCCCUACAGCCACAACACCAGUCCCCCUACAGCUACAACACCAGUCCCCCACAGCACAACACCAGUCCCCUACAGCUACAACACCAGUCCCCCACAGCUACAACACCAGUCCCCCACAGCUACAACACCAGUACUCCUACAGCUGCAACACCAGUCCCCCACAGCUACAACACCAGUACUCCUACAGCUGCAACACCAGUCCCCCUACAGCUACAACACCAGUCCCCCUACAGCUACAACACCAGUCCCCUACAGCUACAACACCAGUCCCCCACAGCGACAAUAUCAGUCCCCUACAGCUACAACACCAGUCCCCUACAGCUACAACACCAGUCCCCACAGCUACAACACCAGUCCCCACAGCUACAACACCAGUGCUCCUACAGCUGCAACACCAGUCCCCUUACAGCUACAACACCAGUCCCCUACAGCUACAACACCAGUACUCCUACAGCUGCAACACUCUCCACUACAUAGAUCAGUGUUGA